AUGGCCAGCUCUCCUGCCCAGCUCCUAGCCCAGGAUCUCCCGCUGCUCCCAGGCCAGGCCCUGCUGCAGGAGUGGGGCAGAGUCCCGCCCAGCAUGGAGGGGUACAGCAGCUGCUCCCCAACACCCUCCACCGACUCCUGCAGCCUCUCACCCCUCUACCCGCUCUGCCCAGCUCCCCAGGAGCCCUGCAGCAGCUGCCCUGCAGCCCCAAGCCUGGUGCUGACGCCAAGACGCAGGGCUGGCCUAUGCCCAGCCUAUGGGAGCAGGAAGGGCAGCAGGGGCAGGGCAGGCGGUGGGCAGAGGCAGAGCGCCAGCGAGCGGGAGAAGCUGCGCAUGAGGAAUCUGUCCAAGGCUCUCCACACCCUGCGACGCUACCUGCCCCCCUCGGUAGCACCGGCCGGCCAGAGCCUGACCAAGAUCGAGACCCUGCGCCUCGCCAUCCGCUACAUCUCCCACCUGUCGGAGCUGCUGGGGCUCAGCGAGGAGACGCUGGCCCAGAGGAGAGAGGGCCCACGCCGGCACUGCCAGCUGUGCCCCGAGGGGCUGGGUUGCUGCCAGGCCACGACCCCUGGCCUCCGGGCAGCAUCUCCAGCCCCGUGGGAGGGGUCCCCCCAAGCCACAGAGUCCUGGGUGUCGCCCACCUGCUGCCCUGCCGCAGGGACACCCCCUGAGCUGCACAGGGCACGAAUCCUGGAUGCGGGGCCGAUGCUGCUGCCAGCUGAAUUUGCAGACAUGGGUCUGUCCUCCCAGGAUCUCUCCGGCGAGCUCCUCUCCCUCCUGGAGGCCCUGCUUCCCCAGGACUGA